ACCGGAGCGGAUUUGGAGGAGCAGCGAGCUGCUGCCUGCGCCUCUCCGCCUGCUCUGACCCGCAGUUAUUUUGUGUGUGUGGUCUUCGGACCAAUUACCAUUGACUGAUCUCUGAACCCUUCUUCCUGCCUCUACACCUGCCUUGACCCAGAUAAUUCCCUGACUCCCUUGAUCAGUUCCCCGCCUUCCUAUCCCACACCCUCCCAGUCCCACCUGCUGUCUGGCCUCUUGGGGGCACCCUGAGAAGACCAGAAUAUGGAGGUGAGGAGGUGGCUCUUUUGGACUUUGUGCUGGAGUUUUCCAACUACAAAGAAUAAUCUGCUUGGGAUUCUGCCUUGCCAAGUACAUUUCUGUGUACUGUGUUUUGGACUUCCCUGGAAUUGCAUUAUUGGUGCUUUCCUUGUAAUUUCUACAUUUAAAAAGGUUUUCUUCUGGAGAACCAACACUGCUACAUUGAGAAAAGAAAAAUCUACAGAGAACUUGAACAACACUAUAUCGGAGGUUAAAAUCACCAUUGAUGAAUCCUUGCUGGAGGAUGCAACACCGAAGCAUGAAGACAAGCUCUCCAAGAACCCUGUUGACACACACGUUCAGGAUCUUGUGGAUGUUCUUGGUUCUGGGCGAGGAGUUCCCCCUGAGGGCACCCACCAGCAGGACAAACUUGGUGCAGCAGAACCCAAAGCCUUGAGUUCCAGUACUAAUCAUUUGGAAGAAAAUAUAAAGAACCUGAAAGUUAACUGUGAUUCACUGGCAUUUGCCAAAUCCAGAAAGGAUUCCAAAUUCAAAACUCUGAUGAUGCAGCUGGACUAUACUCUUAAAGACAGACAGAUGGCUGCAGAGGAGGAAAAAGUGAUGGAGACACCGAAACAGAUCCAUCUGGAUCAGCUGCUCGCUGAAAAAGAGCAAAAGCUGAACCUGGCUACAGCAGAAAUAGAAGCCUGCAAGAGGAAAAUUCGAGAGUUGCAGAAAGAUCUGCAGGAGAAGGAGUACAUCUUAAUGCAACAGGUUACCGCCCAGUACAGAAAGUGUCAGGAAAGCUGGCACAGAGCCAUGGCUUUGGAGUGGGAGCUGGCAUGGUACAACAGGGAGGUCAAGUGCUCGAAGUGCAGAUUGGAUAUGAAGCAGCCACAAGAGGGGUACAAGAGGCAGAAUCCAGCACUGGGAAGACCUGGCUGGCAGAACCAGACAUGGAGAGUUGCAGGUGCUCAUGCUGGUCCCGUGAGGAGCAGUGGUCCAGGCCCUGCCGAGGACUCCCAGAAGGCAAAGGUCAACAUGGAGUCACCGAGGCACCCUCCUUCCUGGGGAAUGCGUUACUACAAGAAUGCCCCUAAGCUGGUCAAGAACCGAAGGCUACGUCUGAAGUUCCAGAGCACUCUGGAAACGCUGUAUGGAAGCAUGAGGCCUUGGCUGGUGUUUAGAUUUGUCCGGCUCACAAAGCCAUCUGGUCGGCACUUUCACAGAGAUCACCAGCGUUGGGCAGCUCUGACACUUGCUGACUUCGAAGCCAUAAAUCGCUGCGAGAGGUCAUUGCCUGAAAACUUUAACUUUGCUGGGGAUGUGCUGGAUCAAUGGGCCCAAAAGGAGAAGACACAGGAGAGACCAGCUAACCCAGCCCUUUGGUGGGUGAAUGGCAGAGGAGAUGAAGUGAAAUGGAGCUUCAGGGAACUGGGCACCUUGUCCCGGAAGGCUGCCAAUGUCCUCACCAAGCCCUGCGGCCUGCAGAGAGGAGACCGUGUGGCUGUGAUACUGCCCCGAAUCCCAGAGUGGUGGCUUGUAAAUGUGGCUUGCAUGCGAACAGGGCUUGUCUUUAUGCCGGGAACAAUACAGCUGACAGCAAAAGACAUCCUCUACCGGUUAAGUGUGUCCAAGGCCAAGUGCAUUGUGGCCAGUGAGGAGGUGGCCCCAGCAGUGGAGUCCAUUGUGUCAGAGUGUCCUCAUCUCAAAACCAAACUCCUGGUGUCUCCAGAGAGACGGAAAGGGUGGCUCAGCUUCCAGGAGCUAUUUCAAUCUGCCUCUGAGGAACACAGUUGCGUGGAGACAGGAAGUCAAGAACCAAUGGCCAUUUAUUUCACCAGUGGCACCACAGGCUCUCCCAAGAUGGCACAGCACUCUCAAAGCAGUCUUGGCAUUGGGUACACCCUUUGUGGAAGAUACUGGCUGGACUUGAAGUCCUCAGAUGUCAUAUGGAACAUGUCCGACACCGGCUGGAUCAAGGCUGCCAUUGGCAGUGUGUUUUCCUCCUGGCUUCAGGGAGCCUGUGUUUUUGUGCAUCGGAUGGCCCAGUUUGACACUGAUACUUUCCUAGAUACGCUUACCACAUAUCCCAUCACGACUUUGUGCAGUGCUCCCACAGUGUACCGGAUGCUAGUGCAAAAGGACCUUCAGAGAUAUAAAUUCAAGAAGUUGAGGCACUGCUUGACUGGAGGAGAGCCACUCAAUCCAGAGGUUCUGGAACAAUGGAAGGCACAGACUGGGUUAGAGCUGUACGAAGGCUAUGGACAGACAGAAGUGGGAAUAAUUUGUGCCAACCAGAAGGGGGAAGAAAUCAAACCAGGCUCAAUGGGGAAAGGAGUGCUACCCUAUGAUGUCCAGAUUAUAGAUGAAAAUGGCAAUGUCCUUCCACCCGGCAAGGAAGGGGAAAUUGCCCUCAGGCUAAAGUCUACCCGGCCCUUCUGUUUCUUCUCUGAAUAUGUGGACAAUCCAGAGAAGACGGCUGCCACAAUAAGAGGAAAUUUUUAUGUCACUGGAGACAGAGGAGUAAUGGACAGUGAGGGAUAUUUCUGGUUUGUCGGCAGGGCUGAUGACGUGAUUAUAUCCUCUGGGUACCGUAUUGGGCCAUUUGAAGUGGAGAGUGCACUCAUUGAACACCCUGCAGUGGUUGAAUCGGCUGUUGUCAGCAGUCCUGAUCCAAUCCGAGGAGAGGUGGUGAAAGCUUUUGUUGUUUUAUCCAUCCCCUUUAAAUCUUCCAAUCUAGAGAAAUUAACUCUUGAGCUUCAGGAUCAUGUUAAAAAAUCAACUGCACCUUAUAAGUAUCCAAGAAAGAUGGAAUUUGUUGAUGAACUUCCAAAGACCAUCACUGGAAAAAUCAAACGCAAUGUUUUAAGAGACAAAGAAUGGGGACGAAGAUAG